GUCAUGAUGAGAAAGAUGGGACACAUACAGCUACUCCCUCCAAGAAAAGCCAAGAGAAUGGUAAGAAUCCUCUAAAGUAACUUCUCCAGCUGCCUGCAUUACCCCAUCAUUGCCUCUAACCUCCCAGCACACAAAGGAAGUGCCAUCCACAAAUGGCCUGGAGGAACCGCAGCGCCAUCACAGAGUUCAUCCUCACUGGGCUCUCUGACGACCCCCUGAUGGAGGCUCUACUUUUCGUGCUUUUCCUGGGGAUUUACCUCCUCACCAUGACGGGAAACCUGAUGAUGCUGCUGGUGAUCAGGGCUGACUCCCACCUCCACACACCUAUGUACUUCUUCUUAAGCAACCUGUCCUUCCUGGACCUCUGCUUCUCGUCCGUGACGGUACCAAAGCUGCUGAAGGACCUCCUGUCUGAGAAGAAAAGCAUCUCCAUAGAGGGCUGCCUUGCUCAGGUCUUCUUUGUAUUCAUCACUGCAGGGACUGAAGCCUUUCUUCUCUCAAUGAUGGCCUAUGACCGCUAUGCUGCUGUCUGCCACCCGCUGCUCUAUGGCCAGAUAAUGAGCAAUGAACUCUGUCAGAAGCUGGUCCUGCUCUCCUGGGGUCUGGCCUCUCUUAGCUCAGUAGUCAUUGUUCUCUUGGCUGUCAACCUGGACUUCUGUGAAGCCUACAUCAUACACCACUAUACGUGUGAGCUGCCCUCUCUCUUUCCUCUAUCUUGCUCUGACAUUUCCAUCAACGUUGACAUCUUGAUCUGCUCCACCUUGCUGCACGGGCUGGGAACCUUUCUCCCAAUCUUCUUUUCUUAUGCCCGCAUUGUCUCCACCAUCCUGAGCAUGAAAUCCACCACAGGGAGGAGCAAGGCAUUUAAUACUUGCUCUUCCCACCUCAUAGCCGUGGUCCUGUUUUUUGGGUCGGGUUUGGUUCGUUAUCUUAUGCCCACAUCUGGCUCUUCCCUGGAUUUGCUCUCCUCCUUGCAGUACAGCGCAGUCACACCCAUGCUGAACCCCCUCAUCUACAGCCUGAAAAACAAGGAGGUGAAGGCGGCUGUGAGAAGGACACUGGGGAAAUGCCUGCAUCACUUGGAGUGA